AUCCUUAACCCACUGAGUGAGGCCAGAGAUUGAACCUGCAACCUCAUACUUCCUAGUGGGAUUUGUUUCCACUGUGCCAUGACAGGAACUACCAAGACUUGCUGCUCUAAUGAUAGAUGGAAACACCUCUCCACUAGCUGCUCUCCCAUGGUGUCCCUCCUCCUCUGAUUCUUUCUAUUCCGUCUGGAAUUCCCAGGAGAGGCUUCUAGCAUAAGGGCUCUGACCUCUAGGACUCAUGGUGGGGGUGUGGGUGGGAUUCACUCUCAAGCCUGCCUUGUUACAGCACAACAGUGGCUUCUAUGGGCACUACAGAGGCCAAUUCAAGAGUGAAAGUGCUCGAGAAUACCGCCUUGCAGCCAAGCCCCAGCCUCCAGCAGUGUUCCUGCAGCGAUGUCAGGAACCAGCACGGCAACACUACUUCUCCAAGCAUGACAACCGCACUUCCUUCGACAAAGGCCCCUAUUGCCUGCUACAGGGAAUUGGAAGGCGGAAAGACCUGGCACGCCUGUGGCAGCAGCACACUUUCCUGCACUGGGCACCCUGUGAACUGGAGUUGAGCCAGCAGCGGCCCCUUCAAUCUUCCUACCAGGCCAAUUUCCAGUCAGUUCCAGGACUUAGUGGCCUCCCCCAGCGCCUUGUCCACUUUGUACAGAUUCAGCCUCCCCGUGCCAGCACCACCUACCAGCAGAACUUCUGUCAGCCAUCCCGGGGUGGCCACUGUGGCAGUGACAACAUGGGGCUCCAGGCCCCGGUCACCAACACACUGCCUGACCUCCCAGAGAUCCCUAGACCCAAGCUGCUGCAGCAUUACCUUCAUGCUGGGGUCUCUGAGUGUCUAAACUGGUCUAGAACAUUAAACAAGGACAGCUGAC